AUGGAUCAUGCUCCAUUACAUCCGAGUGAUAAUAACGGAAAUUCAAAUAAUAAACAUAAUAAUACUGUUUCGAUGGAAGGAAAUUCUACAACUUUACCUGCAUGGAAAAUUGAAUCAACGAUAGCAAAUUUAAUUUUAGCAGCAGUGACAAUUGUGCACAUUUAUUUUGCUUUCGUAGUUCAUACUUAUGCGCAUUAUGUUGGUAAAAGUCGUCACAAACAUAAUUCAUCAUCUUUACAUUCAUCAUCAUCUUUACGUUCAUCAUCACCUUUACAUUCAUCACCUCGAAUUUCUACCUCAAAUCUCGCUUUGUUGAAAUCAGAAAAUGGUAGUUCGUCAAGGCAUACAACUGUAGAAGAUGAUUUAGAGUCACAGGAGGAAAUUAAAUAUUUAUAG